GGCGUGGCUUUGAGUGCCGUAGCCAAUCCCCUGUCUCCAUUCUAUGAUGGGCGUGUCAGACGUUCUGUGCCCAGAAGUCGAAGCUAACUCGAGUAAACAUCUAAGUUAGCUUGUCAGCUAGCUAGCAACUUCUGAAAUGGCGUCGUUAACGGCGACAGAACCAGCGACAUGCCCGAGUGCAAUACCAGCAGCAGAGUCCAUAGUGCCCGCUUGUAUGUUUGCACCGGACCGGGGGUGUGCCGACGAUCCAUCCGGCGAAGAGGGCUUUGAAGACGGCGACGAUAUAAACGGCGACGCCGCGGAUCAUUUAGACUUAAGCAGCAAGCUGGUCCUAGUGAGUCCAACAGGGCAACAGUAUGAUUCAUUACUACGACACAUGAGGCAGCAGAUUGAUGAGGGCUGUGGAGAGACGAUCUAUGUGGUUGGGAUGGGCUCAGAUGGGGGUGACUACGGUUUGGAUGAAAAGGACAUGGAUGCGUCGGUGGCCACGGUGCGGUCGCUGUGCGAGCAGAUCGAGGCUGACCUGAUCUUUCUGAGAGAGAGGAUGGAAACGGGCGGAAAGAUUCGUGACUACCUCAUUCGCCGGCGUGUGGGCGAGGAGGAUUUCCUGGAAGUCAGAGUGGCGGUGGUAGGGAAUGUGGACGCGGGGAAGAGCACUCUGCUCGGGGUUUUGACCCAUGGUGAGCUGGACAAUGGCAGAGGCUUUGCUCGCCAGAAGCUCUUUAGACACAAACAUGAAAUGGAGAGUGGCAGGACCAGCAGUGUGGGCAAUGAUAUCCUGGGGUUUGACCAGGAGGGAGAGGUGGUAAACAAGCCAGACAGCCACGGUGGCGGCCUCGACUGGACUAAGAUCUGUGAGAAAUCCUCAAAGGUCAUCACCUUCAUUGACCUGGCCGGCCAUGAGAAGUACCUCAAGACCACCGUCUUCGGCAUGACGGGACACCUGCCGGAUUUCUGCAUGCUCAUGGUUGGCAGUAACGCCGGCAUCGUUGGCAUGACCAAAGAGCACCUGGGUCUGGCUCUAGCCCUGAAUGUGCCCGUGUUUGUUGUGGUCACUAAGAUAGACAUGUGUCCCGCCAACAUCCUGCAAGAGACGCUAAAAUUAUUGCAGAGGUUAUUAAAGUCACCAGGCUGCAGGAAAAUCCCUGUGCUGGUCCAGAACAAGGAUGAUGUCAUCGUCACAGCCUCCAACUUCAGCUCUGAGCGGAUGUGUCCCAUUUUCCAAAUCUCCAACGUGACGGGCGAGAACAUGGACCUUCUGAAGAUGUUCCUCAACCUCCUCUCCUCGAGAACCAACUUCAACAACGACGAGCCUGCGGAGUUCCAAAUAGACGACACGUACUCCGUACCGGGCGUGGGCACAGUAGUUUCAGGGACUACGUUACGUGGAAUGAUACGACUCAACGACACACUGCUGUUGGGCCCAGACCCGCUGGGAACUUUCAUCCCCAUCGCGGUGAAAUCCAUCCACCGCAAGAGGAUGCCUGUGAAAGAGGUGCGCGGUGGACAGACGGCGUCCUUUGCCCUCAAAAAGAUCAAACGUUCGUCUAUAAGGAAAGGCAUGGUGAUGGUUUCCCCGAAGUUGAUGCCGCAGGCCACCUGGGAGUUUGAGGCUGAGAUUUUGGUUCUUCACCACCCGACCACGAUAUCCCCGAGAUACCAGGCCAUGGUCCACUGUGGCAGCAUCAGGCAGACGGCCACCAUCCUCACCAUGAACAAAGACUGUCUGCGGACGGGGGACAAGGCCACCGUCCACUUCCGCUUCAUUAAGACUCCGGAGUACCUGCACUGUGACCACAAACUGGUGUUCAGGGAAGGGCGCACCAAAGCGGUCGGCACCAUCACUAAGCUUCUCCAAGCCGUGAACACCCAGGCAGCUAAAGCCCAGCAGUCCAAGAUGCUGGCCAGUAAGAAGACUUUUAAAGAGGGCAUAGGAGCCAAUGAGGAGGCUGGAUCCACCGCGCGACCGCCGAGUCCCAACGCAGCGCAGCUACCAACAGAGGAGGAGGCUCUGUGUAAAGAUGGCAACAAAGAGAACAAGCUCAAGUCGGGAGGUGGAGGACGCCGGAGAGGCGGUCAGAGACACCGAGGGAAAGGCCUGAACGCUGCAACAAUCUCUACAGCGGUGCCUGCAGGAGCAGCGGGCACCGCCUAAAGCACGUCAUCUCAUCUCUCUCCGCUCCUCCUCGGGGAGGGGAAGCGACUACACGCCCCUCAACGCACAUUUUCUUUACUAUAAAAAGAGAAUUCAAAGAUUUUCAUCAUGAAAGAGUGAUUUUUUCCCCCCUCCACAUUAAGACCUUUUAAAUCUUUAUUGGUGUCAUCUGUGGGCUGCUGAAGAUGUUGAGGUUUUAUUUAGUUUGAGUUGUUUUGCAGUCGUCAACAAUAUCUAACCUUUUCUAUUUUAAGAGACGUUUUGGGCGCGUCCAUCUCGUUUGUAAUCGUAACUUAUUUCAUAGCAUUAACUGUUUUCCUCGGCCAGCAGAGGCGUCGGUCACUUUCCCUUCCUCCACUGUCUCCACCCUCAAUUUAAAUGUUCUCAUGUUCUCCUCUUGUGUUCACCUCCAGCUGACUUUCAUUAACGCACCAGGGUGGAUCCUCCACUCAGUGGACUGUGUUCAGUAGUUUUACAUUGAGCCUGAGUUUGAGUUCACAUUAAGAGUUGAUCAUCAAACAUCUGGCAUCUUCAUGGCCUACGUUUAAUCCUGCCAGAGAAGAAGUCACGUUAUCAGUUCGCUUCCUUUUUACAACCAACGUUGCAGUUGAGCCGAGAGGGAAGCCACACCUUGUCCCCCCCCCCCCCCCAAAGUAAUGUCAAGUGUCAAAGCGGCGUCACAUGUGACGAUGACACACUUGUGAGCUCACCUACUUAGUUUGUCUUUCUUCCAUGUUGAUGCACAGCAACGACUCGUUCAGUGGUGCUUCACACCUUAAAUGUCAAAAGCCAAGGAAGAACAUAUUUAAUCCACUCACGAAGAGAUGCGACGCGAACGCCACAUCAUGUCUUUGUUCUGCAGCCGCAUUCUGAUCCAUAUGGACCAUAUUUCAAAGCGUCAAGGGUCAAACCCGUGUGUGUGUGUGUGUGUGUGUGUGUGUGUGAGAGUGUGUGUGAGAGAGAGAGACGCAGGAAGUCAAUGUUUUCAUGUGACCCGAGAAAACUAAAUAAAGUUUUGGUCCAUACUGUAUGAAUAACUUACAGAUGUUUUUAUAUGAUGAGUCUGCAGCAGUCAAUCAUCCAGAUAAACGGAGUGAUGGUUUGUGUUAUUCCUCUCGGAUUAACACAAACCAUCGAGGACGUCAAGCUAAACUCUCUUUGUUGUAACGGACGACUUCAACCUUUUGUUUGCGUUUCCCCGCUGGUUUUCUAAAGCUGUUCGAUGGUCCUCCUCCCAGUUGUGAGUUUUUGUAGUGAAGGUAACUAAACGGCGGUGUUGGGUCUCUGUCCACUUCCAUACUGUGAUGGUCACUCUGCUCCCAGAGCGUCAUCUGAUCAAAGAUCACAAUCCUGCUGAACUGCCAGGAUGUUAGACCUUAACAAUUGUUUUAUGACGUUUGUUUGUACAGAAAUACAACGUUGUGCAGAAGAAGUAAGGAUUAAAAAAAAGAAAAAGAUGCCAUUUAAAUUAAGUGGUGCCAGUUUGUGUUGUAAAUCCUUUUAAAUAAAGAUGUUAUAAACAA